CUUCUACAGCUCAACGAAGCCGCCGCACAAACCCACCCGCACUCCCGCCCUCGUCGCCGCCGUUGCCCGCCCCGCGGGAAGCGGCCGAGGGGACGCGCAGCAUGGGGAAGGCGCGGCACGCCGCGAAGCUCUCCCUCGCCCUCAUCCCCAAAACAAAGCUUAGAUCCCAUGCCGCUUCUCCCUCCACGCAGCCGCCGUCUGCUCAUCCGCCCGCCAAUCCUACCAAGCCCGGCAAGAACCCCCACGGGAGCUCCAAAAACUUCACAGCCGUGGCCCCCGUGGCGGCCGUGCACGAGGAGCGGAAGCCCAUCCGGACGCCGGCCGACCUCGCGGCCGCCAUCCGCGCGGCGGCGGACGCCGACAUCGACGCGGCGGCCGCACUGGCCCUGUCCGCGCCCCCGGACGUGCCGCUACCGACACACUCCCUCGCGCUCCUGCUCCGCCGUCUGUUCACCACCCGCUCCGUCGCCGCCGCGCGGAGCCUCCUCGACAAGCUCCACCCCUCCGGCGAGGACGGCUGCCCGCGCCCCAACCCGGCCCCGCGCGGGGCGCUGCUGGCGCUCGCGGACGCCGUGUGCCGCCGCGGCGAGCCGCGCGAGAUCUCCCGCGUCCUCCCGGUUCUCAGGGACCACGGCGUCCGCGCCGACGCGCACCUCUACAACGCGCUGAUGAAGGCGAACGUCGCGGCGGACGACCCCGGGGCCGUCCUCAGGGUGUUCCGGCAGAUGAGGAGCGACGGCGUGGACCCCGACCUCGUCACCUACAACACGCUCAUCUUCGGGCUCGCGCGCGCCGGGAUGGUCGCCAAGGCCAGGGCUUUCCUCGACGCCAUGGCCGCGGAGGGCCACCUCCCCGACGUCGUCACCUACACCUCGCUCAUGAACGGGAUGUGCGUCAAGGGCGACGCGCUCGGGGCGCUGAAGCUGCUCGAGGAGAUGCAGGGCAAGGGGUGCCAGCCCAACGAGCGCACCUACAGCACGCUGCUCAUGGGCCUCUGCAAGAACAAGAAGCUGGACAAGGCCGUCGAGGUGUACAAGUCCAUGGCGGCGGCUGGGACGAAGCUCGAGUCGCCAGCGUACGCCUCCUUCGUCAGGGCGCUGUGCCGAUCGGGCAGCGUCGCGGACGCGUAUGAGGUGUUUGAUUAUGCGAUCCAGACCAAGAGUUUCGCCGAGGUGACGGCGUAUUCUGAGCUCGAGAACUCCCUCAAGUGGCUGCGCAGGAUGAGUUCAUGACGCAAACUGCCUGCAAGGAGAGUAUGCGUACGCCAGUGUCUUCAAUGCAAUAAGCUGGUUCCUGCAAUCCUGUGGAGCGCUGGUGAUCUUCUUUUUUUCUCUCGUUUUUUUUACUAAUGGUAUGGAUGGAGUAGUAAUGGAUCAUCCAAAGAAUUGAAGCUCAGGAAGUCAUUUAGAUCUAGAAAUGGCGCAAAUGUCUUUGUCGGCGCCAAGCCUUUCUUGUCUGCUAUGCUACUAUGCUGUUGUCACGCAGUGCCUUGUUGUAAACAAGCACAGAUUACGAAUCUUUAUGAAAUGACUUUUUUUUUCCUCUC